AUUUCUUUCGCUGGUAAUAGGUGUUAACUGCAUUCAAAGAAAUGUUAAGUUUGCAAUGGAUACUGCUGUUUCGGGCUUCAAAUGUUCAGCUACGGAACAAAUUGGUGAUGUAAUUCUGACACUGGCCAUUCAGAUGUGCAUGAGCGUGUGCGCUAGUACCGAUGGCUGCAAGUCGGUAUUUUACACGCGUUCUGAGUGCGUAAGAUGCCGUUCUCGAUACAGGAAUGCUAGUGAUGCAAGACUACUUCCGAUGGUGGGAAGCGUCAGCUACACAACCGUUGUGCGGUGUAAUCCGGGAUGGCUGUCGUUCCUGGACUCGUGCUAUCUGAGGCAUUCGUCAACAAAGAUGACAUACGAUCAAACAAAGAAUUAUUGCUCGAGUCUUGGUGUUAAUGCGCACGUCCUGUAUAUUGAUUCGGACGAGGAAAAAGAUGUCGCUUCAAACGUUCUGCAAGCAAUCGGACCCGUUUGGAUAGGCAUACACUUGAAAGAUGGAAGCUGGAUCUCGUCCAUUGACGACACAUCGGUUGCUUAUUUUAAUUGGGCGUUGGGUGAGCCAAAUAAUACGGGAAACAGAGAACAUUGCGCUUACACCUAUUACGAAAAUUACCUAUGGAAUGAUUCUCCGUGUACCGAUCCAAACAAUGCCGUCUGUGAAAUAGACAUGUAGUUAAAAUUGUACACACACUUGUUCCUACAGUGCGCGCAACCAUCAAGAAAGCUGAUAAAUGCAUACUUCAUUGAGGACCUCUUCACUGCCGACUGAGUUUGACAGUUUUUUACUCGAAGCAGGCGUUGUCAUGGAUAACAAAGCGUUAAUAUCAUAGAUAACCAAGAAAACUUGAUCGCUGCGUGUUAAUUAUUUCCUUAUGAUUUUACGAAAAUUGGUUAGAUUAAACGCAUCUUUGCUAUUAAUGACCCCUAAAGUAUCAGCCCAUUAUUGAUUAGCUCAUGUUUAAAUCCUGGUCAUGUCUAUUGAACAUGUCUAUUGGUCAUGUCUAUUGGUCAUGUCUAUUGGUCAUGUCUAUUGGUCAUGUCUAUUGGUCAUGUCUAUUGGUCAUGUCUAUUGGUCAUGUCUAUUGGUCAUAUAUAUUAGUCAAGUAUAUUUGUCAUGGCUAUAGGUCAUGUCUAUUCGUCAUGUCUAUUGGUCAUGUAUAUUGGUAAUGUAUAUUGGUCAUGUCUAUUGGUCAUGUCUAUUUGUCAUGUCUAUUGGUCAUGUCUAUUGGUCAUAUAUAUAUAAGUCAAGUAUAUUGGUCAUGGUUAUUGGUCAUGUCUAUUGGUCAUGUCUAUUGGUCAUGUCUAUUGGUCAUGUCUAUUGGUCAUGUCUUUUGGUCAUGUCUAUUGGUCAUGCAUACUGGUCAUGUCUAUUGGUCAUGUCUAUUGGUCAUAUAUAUUAGUCAUGUCUAUUGGUCAUAUAUAUUAGUCAAGUAUAUUGGUCAUGGCUAUUGGUCAUGUCUAUUGGUCAUGUCUAUUGGUCAUAUAUAUUAGUCAUGUCUAUUGGUCAUAUAUAUUAGUCAAGUCUAUUGGCCAUGGCUAUUGGUCAUGUCUAUUGGUCAUGUCUAUUGGUAAUGUAUAUUGGUCAUGUCUAUUGGUCAUGGCUAUUUGGCAUGUCUACUGGUAAUGUCUUUUGGUCAUGUAUAUUGGUCAUAUCUUUUGGUCAUGUCUAUUAGUCAUGUCUAUCGUUCAUGUCUAUUGGUCAUGUCUAUUGGUCAUGUCUAUUGGUCAUAUAUAUUGGUCAUGUCUAUCGGUCAUGUCUAUUAGUCAUGUCUUAAUCCUGGUCAUGUAUACUGGUCAUGCCUAUUGGUCAUAUAUUUUUGGUCAUGUCUAUUGGUCAUGUCUAUUGGUCAUAUAUAUUAGCCAUGUCUAUUGGUCAUGUCUAUUGGUCAUGUCUAUUGGUCAUAUAUAUUUGUCAUGUCUAUUGGUCAUGUCUUUUGGUCAUGUCUAUUGUUUAUGUCUAAUGGUCAUUUCUUGUGGUCAUGUCUAUUGGUCAUGUCUAUUGGUAAUGUCUAUAUGUCAUGUCUAUUGGUCAUGUAUAUUUGUCAUGUCUAUUGGUCAUGUCUAUAGGUCAUGUCUAUUGGUCAUGUCCAUUGGUCAUGUCUAUUGGUGAUAUGUUAAUCGCACUACGAAUUUUUAGACACCAAAUUUCAGCUCAGCCAAUUUUGCAUGAUGAUUAUUUUUUUUUUAGAAUUUUGAUUUUCUUAAAACAAAUGCUGUAUUCAAAUAAACAUAGAACGGUCACUAUUAUCAAUAGAAGAAUGGUUGAGUUGUUUUUGCUAAGGAAAUUUCUGAAGAUAUGCGUGGCUCUUUUUGGUUUUUACUUUUACUUUUCAAUUUAUGAUGUGAUGUUGUUGUGUGUUAUUUCUUCUUUUAUAUUAUAUAAAUAUAUUGCGUAUAUAGCUUGCAUUUUUAUAUUUAUUCAACUGACUUGGCGAUAACAACAAUAAAAUAACUAUAAUCAAUAACACCUUCACCAAUUUGCACGACCGAACUUAUUUUCGAAAGAUUGAGUUGUUAUCGAAAUAUUAUCGAAAUAAGUUUUCAUUGAGUUCUAUUAGUACACGUUUUACAUCAUGAAGUUUCGUAUUGAUCUAUACCUUGCCAAUGUUUGUUUACACAACUUGUUCAUAAACGUUUAAUGUACUGUGUAUACGCUUUUCUAUGAAAUAAAUACUUAAUAUACCACCAACGUGCAUUAUUUAAUUGUAAUCACCCGUUGAUCAGUUUUCAUUUGUCUUUUAUACUUAAACUUUAUACAAGCCGUACACAUUUUUUUGCUGUUGUAUUAUUCUCAUUGAAGUAAAUUGUUUUCUUCGCGAAAUAUUUUCAUAACAUGAAUGUAUUAACGAUAAGGCUGAACUGUAUUGUUAAGAAAUGAAUUAAGAAAGAUCCAGCGUUAACACAGAGAUUUAUUCAAAAACUGAACUACCAUGUUUGUUUAAUUUUUUUUAUGAAAACUUAGAAUAAAAAAGGUCUAAUCAAACAUGUCAGUCAUACGACAUUUCUUUAAAAUCAUUUUUAAUGUAGAGUUUGGUUUAAUGAAUGAGAGGUACAUCAUUCACUUUAUAUCAUGUACUUAUCUAUCUGAGGGAAAUACAUUUCGUAUUUUGUUUUAUAUUUCUAACUAAUAAACACGUCUUAAAGAAAAUA